AUGGAAGGGAAUUUCUUCACGUCUGAUGCUCAACCAUCACAUGAUGAUGGCUUCAUAGUCAAACAAAAACCUAAUUUCAACACGGGUCCGACGGGAGGUCAAGCUAAUGAAAGUGGCUGUUUUGAUUGCAACAUAUGUCUAGACACAGCCCAUGAUCCGGUCGUCACUCUCUGUGGACACCUUUUCUGCUGGGCUUGCAUUUACAGGUGGUUACAUGUUCAGUUAUCUUCCGUCUCCAUUGAUCAGCACCAGAAAAACUGCCCUGUCUGCAAGUCUAACGUUACCGUCACCUCAUUGGUUCCUCUCUAUGGAAGAGGCAUGUCUUCCACGUUUGGCUCCAAGAAACAAGAUGCAGGGUCCACAGAAAUACCCCGCAGACCCGCUUUAACACCUUUAUACAAUCCUAUCACCUCAGAGUCAUCGUUGAACCCAAGCUUGCAACAUCAAACUCUGUCUCCAACAUUCCGUACCCACCAGUAUUCGCCCCGUGGCUUCACCACAACAGAAUCAACUGACCUUGCCAAUGCAGUAAUGAUGAGUUUUCUGUACCCGGUGAUUGGAAUGUUUGGGGACAUGGUCUACACCAGGAUAUUCGGAACCUUCACAAACACAAUAGCUCAGCCUUAUCAAAACCAGAGGAUGAUGCAGCGUGAGAAGUCUCUUAAUCGGGUAUCGAUAUUCUUCCUUUGUUGCAUCGUCCUUUGCCUCCUUCUCUUCUAG